UGCAAAUGUUUACUGUGCAGUUCCAUUUUGAGCUGCAGCUUUGCAUUGUACAGCAUGCUUGUUUGUGAGCUGGCAAUGCUGAAGGGGGUGUAGAAUGUGUGUGGCUGAAGGCAUGUUAGAGAAGGGAGAUCAAUAGUUAAAUUGUAGGAAUAAACUCCUUAUAGAUUCUGCUUGACGCACAAAAUGAAGCACCUAAACUUGUCUUUUGCUGCCUGUGGCUUUCUGGGAAUAUACCACUUGGGGGCAGCAACAGCUCUGCUAAAACAUGGACAAAGACUGCUCAAAACUGUCAAGUUCUUUGCCGGGGCUUCUGCAGGAUCCCUUGUUGCUACCCUUCUGUUAACAGCUCCAGAAAAAUUAAAGGAAAGCAAGGAUUUUGUCUACGAAUUUUCAGAAGACGUUAGAAAGCAAACCCUCGGAGCGGUUACACCUAGAUAUGAUUUUAUGGAGCACUUAAGGGGAGGCAUAGAAUCUAUUCUUCCUUGUAAUGCUCACGAGAUAGCUGAAAACCAGCUCUACAUAUCCAUCACGAACACCAAGAGCAGAGAAAAUCUCUUAGUUUCACAUUUUGCCUCCAGAGAGGAUCUCAUUAAGGUGCUCUUGGCAAGUAGUUUUGUUCCUGUGUAUGCUGGUAUCAAGGCUGUGGAAUAUAAAGGAGAGAGAUGGUUUGAUGGAGGUUUUUCAAACAGUCUUCCAAUUCUGCCUGUUGGGCGAACAGUAACAGUAUCACCUUUUGGUGGCCGUAACGACAUCUGCCCAAAAGAUACAGGGCAUGUUGAACUAUAUCUCAAAGUUGCUAAGCAGGAUAUCCUGCUAUCAACUGCCAAUCUUGAAAGACUUAAUCAAGCAUUGUUCCCACCAAGCCAUGACAAAAUGGAGUCUAUUUUUCAAGAUGGAUUUGAAGACACAGUGAACUUUUUGCAAACAGAGAACUUGUUUGAAUAGAGAUUUGUGAUUGCUGUUAAAUUAAGCAAUGACAUUUUUGAUUGUCAAGAGAUGAAAUGAAACAAUUUCUUGAUGUAUGCGUUAGAAAGACCAUUAAUCAACUGAAAUACACUAAAUGCAAGCAAUGUCCUCACCAGUAUUGUUUAUCUUGUUGAUAUGCCAGAUUAAUAAAACAGUGGGCUAAAAAUAUGAA